AGUCGAUUUCAAAUCGAGGCUAGUAUUUUUGGUUAUCGGUAAAAAUCCUUUAGUUGCGUUGUUUAGCAAGAUUUGGAGUGCAGAAAACGACAUUUGUAAUCCACACCCUGCGCCAUGUCCUGUUAUGGAAGUUACUCGCCUUAGACACUCAGGCAACCAACACCAUCGCGAAGCUGUAAUGCCGAUACCGAAAUGAUUGCCUCAUCUUCUUUGCAAUUGUAACUGCGACAAACAGCGAAAGGAUGAGACAAUGCAAGCUGUCGUGAACGAUUUGCAAGCGUUGCGAUGGUGAGAUGGGUGCCUUAGAGAUGGGAACAACUUAAGUAACAAAGAGGAAUGCGCAUUCAGAAUGACAAGCAACGCAUUAUUUGACAGCUGUCUCAUCAUCUUCAUUGUCUUCAUCAGUUUCAAGUUCGUUCUUGCAGAUAUGGAUCCACACGCUUUCACCACGCCGUUCCAGCUCACAAAGACGAUGAGACGUGAACUGUAUCCCGCCAUUGAACCCAGAAACCCGGAACUCAGUGCUACAGACAAGACGGUCCUGAUCACCGGCGCCACUGGUGGAAUUGGAGGAGAGGUCGCACGCGCUUGGGCUCUCGCCGGCGCCAAAGGUAUUGUUCUCGUAGGACGCAACAAGGAUCUACUCGAAGAACCCACUUUGGCUGUCAGAAACAUCAGUCCCUCGACUCGAGUCUUGGCUUUGACCGCAGAUCUAACCUCUGAUGCUGACGUGGAACGGCUGUUUGUCGAGACUAUCAAUACUUUUCAGAGCAUCGAUGUAGUCAUACAUGCUGCGGGAACCACCACUUCUGGCGUCGCAGGAGAUCUUGACCCGCAGACAUGGUUCAAGGAUUACGAGCUGAACGUUAAAGCCAGCUACAUAGUGGUACACCAAUAUCUGAAGACCACUCAGACUGGCACAGUCAUCUUCUUGGGAACGCUCGGCGCAUCUUUCACCUUCCCGGGAAUGAGCGCCUACUCUGGCAGCAAGCUCGCACUCAUGAAGCUGGCAGAGUACCUUGAUGCUGAGAAGCCCAAUCUCCGCGUCUUCACCGUGCAUCCCGGAAUCGUGGCUGUAACCGAGACGAACCGUGGGGCAGUGGUGGACGCGCUGACACCGUUCGCGAAGGACAAGGGCAUUUUGGCCGGGGGACUUUCGCUGUAUCUUGCCCAGAAGAGAGCUGACUAUCUCCGAGGUGGCUUCAUCAGCGUCAACUGGGAUGUGGUGGAGAUGGAGGUUCAUCAAGAAGAGAUCAAGGAACAGAAGCUACUCAAACUAGCUUUCCUGGGUGCGAAACUCGGACCGGAAGGCCAGCCGUGGUCAUGCUGAGCCUUGAGGGGGAGUUGCGUUCCAUAGGGUCGGGAUCCAGGGCAAUGCUGUAUGUAUGGACGCAUGACAGCUUAGCAGUGUGUUGUCAAGCCAUCAUGUGUCGAAUGCAUUGACUUCAGAUCGUGCUUUGGGGGUGGAAGCUCAAUUGGCUGCUUAGGCGUGCAAUGCAAAACUCUCAACAAGAAGAAUCCGAACAAUCAAUCUUGACUCAGAAAGGUGCAGGUGUUGA